AUGGCCGCCAUUCAGACUCCCACUCUUGCUCACUUCAAGUUGCCCAACAUUGAAAAUGAGCCUAUGUUGAACUAUGCCCCCGGCUCUACUGAGAGACAGAAGCUCACCGAAGCUCUCAAGGAAAUGAGCGCUCAAGGUGCUGUUGAAGUCCCCGUUGUUAUCAACGGUGAGAAGAUCUACACUGGUAACACUGCUGAGCAGUACAACCCUUCUUCUCACAAGACUGUGGUGUGCAAGUACCAUCAAGCCGAUAAGGCUCUUACCCAAAAGGCCAUCGAUGGUGCUUUGGCUGCUCGUGCCAGAUGGGAAGCUCUUCCCUUCAACGACCGUGUUGCCGUCUUUUUGAAGGCCGCCGAUUUGUUAUCCACCAAAUACAGAUUCAAGAUCAUGGCUGCCACCAUGCUCGGUCAGGGUAAGAACAUCUGGCAAGCUGAAAUUGAUGCUGCUGCCGAGUUGUGCGAUUUCUGGCGCUUCAACUGCAAGUACGCUGAAGAGCUGUACCAGCAACAACCCCCCAAGAACGCUCCUGGCAACUGGAACCGUACCGAAUUCCGUGCUUUGGAAGGUUUCGUCCUUGCUGUGUCUCCUUUCAACUUCACUGCCAUUGGUGGUAACUUGCCUUCGGCUCCCGUGUUGAUGGGUAACGUUUGUUUGUGGAAGCCCUCUCCUUCGGCCGUCUACUCCAACUACUUGGUGUACGAGCUCCUUGUUGAAGCCGGUUUGCCCGCGGGUGUGAUCCAGUUCAUCCCCGGUCCCGCCGAAGAAAUUUGCGGCACCGCCAUUGACAGCCCCGAUUUCGCUUCCCUCCACUUCACUGGUUCCACCCACGUCUUCCGUCAGUUGUGGAAGCAGAUUGGUAACAACAUUGAAAAGUACAAGAGCUACCCCCGUAUUGUUGGUGAAACUGGUGGCAAGAACUACCAUCUCGGUUUGCCCGAUCUUGAUUCGGCUGGUAUUCGUCACGCCGCUAUUCAGACCAUCCGUGGUGCCUUUGAAUUCCAGGGUCAAAAGUGCUCUGCAUGCAGCCGUGUCUACUUCCCCAAGAGCAAGUAUGACGAAUUCAAGUCCGUGUUGCUUGCUGAACACGCCAAGAUCUCCCAGGGUCCCGUUGAAGAAUUCAAGCACUUCAUGGGUCCUGUGAUCAACAAGUUUGCUUUCGACAAGAUCAAGUCCUUCAUUGACUUUGCUGCUUCCAGUGACGACUGCAAGAUCCUUGCCGGUGGCAAGUACGACGAUUCCAAGGGUUACUUCAUCGAACCCACCAUCAUUGAAACCACCAACCCCUUCACCAAGACCAUGGUUGAGGAAAUCUUUGGUCCUGUGAUGACUUUGUACGCAUAUGAUGAUAACAAGUUCGAGGAAACCUGCAAGUUGGUCGGUGACACCACCCAAUACGCUCUUACUGGUGCCAUCUUUGGCCGCGAACGUGCUAACAUUGUCGAGGCUUCCAACUUGUUGCGCAACACUGCCGGUAACUUCUACAUCAACGACAAGUGUACUGGUGCGGUGGUCGGUCAACAACCUUUCGGUGGUGCUCGUGCUUCCGGUACCAACGACAAGGCCGGUUCCUUUGCCUUGCUCGGUCGUUUCUUGUCCAUGCGCUCCGUCAAGGAAAACUUUGUGCCCAUUGACGCCUUUAUCUACCCCUCCAACAACUAA